AUGCCACAAAAACUGCAGCCUAUGGAUGAGGCAGUGUGGUUCGGGCAGCGCCUCUCCGGCAACCCAGCCCGGAAUGAAGCCAUAACCAUCGACUACAUCAAAUACAACAUGCUGUUCAUCGCCGUGUUGCACAUCUCGAAUUGGCAGACAUCUUACGAGGGGGAGCCUAAAGCCAAUCACAAGGAAGCGGCACACUCGGCCGCCGAGAAAUUCCACGAGGAUGCCUCCGUGCAGAACCAGAUCAAGAAGCUGCGCGCUGAGGAAAGCAAAAGUGAAGCCAAGAAACGCACCUUCCUGCGCAAGGUGGGUGGUAGGGCAAAAAAGCCCAGACCUUGA